AUGCCGCCGAAUGCUGCUCCAUCGUGGUGGAUCGAUACGUGCUUCCAAUUUCUGGAUGUCUGUAGUGCAGCUCUGAGGGACCAAGGCCUGUCGGUGAAGUCACAAGGGUCCUUUGCUCAAGGCUUGGCCGUGGAAGGCAGCGAUCUUGAUGCCGUUAUAUAUAGGAAGGGCUUCGAGGCACCUAAGGGUAAGGCUGUGGUGAAUGCUCUAACGGGCGCUAGUCGGCGGGUUAUGAGCUAUGUUAAUAACGGCAAGGGUGGCCCCUAUAUGCAUCUCAGGACCAUUGAAAGGGUCCCUUGGGCUAGGAUACCAUUGGUGAAACUACAGUUCACCUGGGGAUGGCCCUCGGGGAGAGGCAAGCCAUGGACUGUUGAAGUGGACCUUUCCUAUGGGGAUGAAACAAGAGGCUCCUACGAUACUCGGAUCGGCACCCUGGUUUCUUCCCAACCUCAACUGCGUACCUUCUUGCAGACCAUCAAGGGCUGGGCGCUAUCUCAGGAGGAAGGCAUCCUGAACUCGCAACGUCAAGCCUUGAGCACGUUUGCUCUCAUUCUCCUAGGGCUUUGCUAUUACAAUAGGAAUCUCCGUCGCGAGCAGCCAGUUGAGGUCGAUGGCUUCUUUCAUUUCAUUACUCGAGAGAUCGGCAAUCUUGAUGCUAGCGUUUGUCACAUUUGGGUGGAAGAAGGUCAAUUAAAGCACGUGGUGGACGAGGAGGACGAUGAGGACCGUAGUAGACUCACCCGAAGCCCUCUCAAAAUCUUGGUACCAGGGGAAGGUCCAGAGAGCAACGCGGCGAGGAGUCUAUCCCGGAAAAUGUGGAUGCAGGUCGUCUACCCCGCUUUUGAACGAGCAAGGCCUCCACGAAGCUCCGGUGACGAGAGAGGUCGAGUACAGAAUGCGGCCGAGUUUGAAUUUUCCAAGGCUACUACUACAAAAAGGACCCUAUUCGAGACCAAGUUGAGAUUGCAUAAUGAUAAUGAGUAUGUUGACUGCGUUUUCCUUUUAUCUUGA